AUGACUUUGUUACGGCCACCGAACUCCAAGGAAGCAAUCAAGCAGCCCCCUCGAUUUCCGCCUCUCACUCUAGCUACCCCUACACUCGUAGCACAGCAUACGUCAUGUACGCUCCACCCGUCCAUCCUUCCUCCAGCGCUUGCUUGCAGGAUAUUCUACCACAUGAUGAACGAGAGCCAGAAUUGGCGACGCAACCGAUGGUGGCUGUUUGACCGCGUCGUGGAAAGCCCUCAUAGAACAUCCUUCUUCGUCCGCAGUCACUCAGCUCGCGAUGGGGAUGCUGAACAUGACAUGCAUGAAGCCGCGAAAUACUGGUACAACGGGCGCGAGACUGAGCCUCCUGCAACCUUCCCCCCCGAUAUGGAGGAAGCGUGCAAACUCAUUGAGCGCGCUGUCAAUGCAGAGAUGCGCAAGCGGAAACGGUUGCCCCUGGAGUGGGCAGGCGAGCCCCCACAAGACGGAGAUGAACCUGGUGAAAAUAUAAUGUGGCGGGCGAAUGUGGCGGCGUCGAAUUGUUAUGAGGGCGCGAAAGAGAGUGUUGGGCCCCACUCGGAUCAGUUGACCUAUCUGGGGCCGUAUCCUACCAUCGCCAGCCUGAGUCUCGGAACAAGUCGGGUCUUCCGCUUACGGGAGGUUAUACCUUCGGAUGAGAAGGACGAACGCAACGCUCGAACGUACAACAUCCCUUUGGCGCACAACUCUUUGCUUAUCAUGCAUGCUUCAACACAAGAGAUGUUCAAACAUUCAAUACCACCGCAAAGCACCAUUGACAUGUUCCACCCCCCCUUUCCGCCUUCCAACACGGACAAUCAGGGAGUCGAAACGGUCUCUUCAAAUGCACGCAUCAACAUCACAUUUAGGUUCUAUAGGCCCGACUAUCGUGCGGAAAAAACGCCUCGCUGCAAGUGUGGUGUGCCCUGCAUCCUGCGGCCGGAUAUGAAAAACCGAUACUCAGCGCCUGCAGCUUCGCCGGGCGUCACCGAUAACGUAUUUGGGAAAGAUCUGGUUGCUAAGUAUUGGUGGACGUGCUACGCCGGAGCUCAAAACGACGGGAAGGGCUGUGGGAUGUGGAAGGUGAUGGACGUCGUCGGGGAGGGGAGGGGCCCAUUUGUGGGUGCGGUACCGAAGAGUGAAUAG